AUGGAGGCCAGGAGCCGGAGCGCUGAGGAGCUGAGGCGGGCGGAGUUGGUGGAGAUCAUCGUGGAGACCGAGGCGCAGACCGGGGUCAGCGGCAUCAACGUAGCAGGCGGCGGCAAGGAGGGAAUCUUUGUCCGUGAGCUUCGGGAGGAUUCGCCCGCGGCCAGGAGCCUCAGCCUGCAGGAAGGAGACCAGCUGCUCAGCGCCCGUGUGUUCUUCGAGAACUUCAAGUACGAGGACGCGCUACGCCUGCUGCAAUGUGCUGAGCCUUACAAGGUCUCCUUCUGCCUGAAGCGCACUGUGCCCACUGGGGACCUGGCGCUGCGGCCUGGCACCGUGGCUGGCUACGAGAUCAAGGGCCCACGGGCCAAGGUGGCCAAGCUGAACAUCCAGAGUCUGUCCCCUGUGAAGAAGAAGAAGAUGGUGGUGCCCGGGGCCCUGGGGGCCCCUGCAGACCUGGCCCCUGUUGACGUCGAAUUCUCCUUUCCCAAGUUCUCCCGUCUGCGUCGGGGCCUCAAAGCCGAGGCUGCCAAGGGUCCCGUCCCAGCUGCCCCAACCCGCCGGCGCCUCCAGCUGCCUCGGCUGCGCGUCCGAGAAGUGGCGGAAGAGGCCCAGGCGGCCCGGCAGGCCGUUGCUGUUCCUUCCCCAAGGAAAGCCAAAGUGGAGGCCGAGGUGGCAGCAGGAGCCCGUUUCACAGCCCCCCAGGUGGAGCUGGUUGGGCCCCGGCUGCCAGGUGCCGAGGUGGGUGUCCCCCAGGUCUCCGCCCCCAAGGGCCUGGGAGAGGUGGCCCUCCACCUGCCAACCCGUGGACUAGGAGCCCCCGCUGCACCUGCUGUGGAGCCCGCGGCCCUAGGGAUCCAGGUCCCCCAAGUGGAGCUGCCCACCUUGCCCUCACUACCCACUCUGCCCACACUUCCCUGCCUGGAGACCCGGGAAGGGGCUGCGGCAGUGACGGUGCCCACCCUGGAUGUGGUGGCGCCUGUCGUAGGGGUGGACCUGGCCUUGCCGGGUGUGGGGGUGGAGGCCCGAGGAGAGGCACCUGAGGUGGCCCUGAAGAUGCCCCGCCUCAGUUUCCCCCGCUUUGGGGCUCGAGCAAAGGAAGUCGCUGAGGCCAAGGUGGCCAAGGGCAGCCCUGAGGCCAGGGUGAAGGGGCCUAGACUUCGGAUGCCCACCUUCGGGCUUUCGCUCCUGGAACCCCGGUCGGCUGUCGCCGAAGCUGCUGUUGAGAGCAAGCUAAAGCUGCCCACCAUCAAGAUGCCCUUUGGCCUUGGGGUCUCGGCCCCUGAGGUCAAGAUGCCCAAGGGGCCUGAGGUGAAGCUCCCGAAGGCUCCUGAGGUGAAGCUCCUGAAGGCUCCUGAGGUGAAGCUCCCGAAGGUGCCGGAGGCAGCCCUUCCGGACGUGCAACUCCCAGAGGUGGGACUCCCCAAAGUGUCAGAGAUGAAGCUCCCGAAGGUGCCGGAGAUGGUCGUGCCGGAGGUGCGGCUCCCCGAAGUGCAGCUGCCGAAAGUCCCCGAGAUGAAGCUCCCGAAGGUGCCCGAGAUGGCCGUGCCCGACGUGCAGCUCCCCGAUGUGCAGCUCCCCACAGUCCCCGAGAUGAAGCUCCCCGAGGUGAAGCUCCCGAAGGUGCCCGAGAUGGCCGUGCCCGACGUGCAUCUCCCCGAAGUGCAGCUCCCCAAAGUCCCCGAGAUGAAGCUCCCGAAGAUGCCCGAGAUGGCCGUGCCCGAUGUGCGGCUCCCCGAUGUGCAGCUGCCGAAGGUCUCGGAGAUGAAGCUCCCCAAGGUGCCCGAGAUGGCAGUGCCCGACGUGCACCUCCCCGAGGUGCAGCUGCCGAAGGUCUCGGAGAUGAAAGUCCCUGACAUGAAGCUCCCCGAGAUGAAACUGCCGGAGAUAAAACUCCCCAAGGUGCCCGAGAUGGCCGUGCCCGACGUCCACCUCCCAGAGGUGCAGCUGCCGAAGGUGUCGGAGAUGCGGCUGCCAGAAAUGCAGGUGCCCAAGGUCCCAGAGGUGCAUCUUCCGAAGGCGCCCGAGGUGAAGCUGCCCAAGGCUCCAGAGGUGCAGCUAAAAGCAGAGCGGGCAGAGGGGAUGGAAUUUGGCUUCAAGAUGCCCAAGAUGACCAUGCCUAAGCUAGGGAGGGCAGAGUCCCCAUCGCGAGGCAAGCCAGGCGAGGCAGGGGCUGAGGUCUCCGGGAAGCUGGUGACACUUCCCUGUCUGCAGCCGGAGGUGGGUCCCGAGGCUCGUGUGGGUGUCCCCUCUCUCACACUGCCCUCUGUGGAGCUAGACCUGCCACGGGCCCUCAGCCUGGAGGGGCAGGUCCCAGCAGCCGAAGUGGGCAAGGUGGAGCGGGCAGAGGGCCAUGGGGCGGCCGCAGGGGUCGGGGAAGCGGCCUUCCGGAUGCCCUCUGUUGAGAUCGUCACUCCGCAGCUGCCCAUGGUGGAGGUCGAGGAAGGGCGGCUAGAGGUGAUGGAGAUGAAAGUCAAGCCCUCCUCCAAGUUCUCCCUGGCCAAGUUUGGACUCUCGGGGCCCAAAGUGGCCAAGGCAGAGGCUGAGGGGGCCGGGCGAGCCACCAAGCUGAAGGUGUCCAAGUUCGCCAUCUCACUGCCCAAGGCCCGAGCGGGGACUGAAGCUGAGUCCAAAGGGGCAGGGGAGGCAGGCCUGCUGCCCGCCCUCGAUCUGUCCAUCCCACAGCUCAGCCUGGAUGCCCAUCUGCCCACAGGCAAGGUGGAGGUGGCGGGGGCUGAUGUCAAGGUCAAGGGGCCCAGGUUUGGCCUGCCCAAGUUUGGGGUCAGAGGCCGGGACGCUGAGGCGGGAGAACUAGCGCCAGGGGUGGCCGAGCUGGAGGGCAAGGGCUGGGGUUGGGAUGGGAAGGUGAAGAUCCCCAAGCUGAAGAUGCCCUCCUUUGGGUUGGCUCGAGGGAAGGAAGCUGAAAUCCAGGGUGGGCGUGUCAGCCCGGGAGAAAAGCCAGAGUCCGUGGCUGGGCAGCUUAAGAUCCCUGAGGUGGAGCUGGUCACACUGGGGGCCCAGGAGGAAGGGAGGGCUGAGGGGGCGGUGGCUGUCAGUGGGGUACGGCUAUCAGGCCCGCAAGUGUCUGUGACCAGGCCGGCAGGCACUGAGGGCCAGGAGGGGGCGCUGAGGAUGCCCCAGGGCGUCUCCCUGCCCCAGGUAGAGCUGCCUGGCUUCGGGGAGGCCGGCCUGGGCACCACCGCUGGGCAGCAGGUCAAGGGUGCAGCCCCGUCAGCGGAGGGCACAGCAGGCUACAGGGUCCAGGUGCCUCAGGUGACCUUGUCUCUGCCUGGAGCCCAGGUAGCAGGUGGCGAGCUGUUGGUAGGUGAGGGCGUCUUCAAGAUGCCCGCUGUGUCAGUGCCCCAGCUUGAGCUGGACGUGGGGCUGGGCCGAGAGGCGCAGGUGGGGGAGGCAGCCACAGGCGAGGGUGGCUUGCGGCUGAAGAUGCCCACGCUGGGGGCCAGAGCUGAGGCCAGGGAAGGGGGGCCCGGAGACCAGUCCCCGGGGGCCGAGCGCACCUUCCACCUCUCACUGCCCGACGUGGAGCUCUCGCCACCCGCCGUGGGCAGCCAUGCUGAGUACCAGGUGGCCGAGGGCGAUGGGGAGGCCGGACACAAGCUCAAGGUGCGGCUGCCCCGGUUUGGCCUGGUUCGGGCCAAGGAGGGCGUUGAGGAGGGUGAGAAGACCAAGAGCCCCAAACUCAGGCUGCCCCGAGUGGGCUUCAGCCAGAGCGAGGCGGUCACUGGGGAAGGCUCCCCCAGCCCUGAGGAGGAGGAGGAGGAGGGCGGCGGGGACGGGGCCUCUGGGCGCCGAGGCAGAGUCCGGGUCCGCUUGCCCCGCGUAGGCCUGGCCACCCCUUCCAAGGCCUCUCGGGGCCAGGAGGGCGAGGCAGCCCCCAAGUCUCCUGGUGGGGAGAAGUCGCCCAAGUUCCGCUUCCCCCGGGUGUCCCUAAGCCCCAAGGCCCGGAGUGGGAGCGGGGACCAGGAAGAGGGUGGAUUCCGGGUCCGGCUGCCCAGCGUGGGGUUUUCGGAGACAGGGGCUCCGGGGCCUGCCAGGAUGGAGGGGGCUCAGGCUGCAGUUGUCUGAAGCCCCAGGGCAGAGGGAGAGUCCCCUCCCAUCUUCCCAUCCCCGCCUCCUCUUUGUUUUGUGUGUGAGAUAACUAGCACUAACCCUCAGAGGGCCGGGAGGUGGGUGACAGACAGGGACCAGGCCAGGGAGGCCUCAUGUCCGGGUCCCUGGCAGGAGUGCCUGUAUCUUGCCAAGCCAUGUGAAUAAAAUAAUCCAGAG